GUAUCUCUACUUUGCCAUCUUGCUAGACGUGAAAAAAAAAAACUAUACUACUCCGCAAAAAUUAUUAAAUUAUAGAGAAAUUAAAACAUAAAACAAAGACAUUCGGCAAAAAGUCAAAAGUUUAACGAUCUACAAAUUUAGUGUUUUUAAAAUAUCAUGAAAAAAUUAAACACACAUUUGCAUAAAACGUUUGCAAAGUGAAAGAAGAGACUCGCAAAGAAAAUUGUGUGACGUGAAACGACCGAAAAGAACAAAAUUCUUUUAGCAGGCUUUUCUUUUCGUUAAAUCGUCUCGUUGAAAACGAAACACCACCAAAGGAAAACUCAGCAGGGCUUAAGGGAAACAGAAAGAAGGAAAAUAUAGUUUGGUUUUUCCACAUUAAGUUUUAAUUUUUAUUAUACAUUUUAAGAUAAACUAAGUCAUUAUCAUAUAUAUUUUUUCAAUUGGCAAUAGUUCUUCAUUAUUGAUUUUUCAUAUUUUUUUUUCUUUCGAAUACAACUCGCACACCACCAACAUUCGGCGGUCUUAUUUGUCGUAAAGAGAACAGACAUCUCGCUCUUUAAACAUUCACAAUUGUGCUCUCUUCAUCACUUAUAAUUCUCUUGUAUUUUUUAAUGCAUCAUUUCUUGUUUAAUUUUGCCGCAAAUAUUUCAUUUGUAAAAUUUUAAUGUAAUUUUAAAAAUCAAAAAAAAAAAAAAAACGAACGUCAAAAAAUUGUAAAAAACAACAACAAUAAAAUUAAUGUGCCAAUAUACGGCCAAAAUAAUUACCAAACAAACAACACAAAUUGCUAACAACAAUGAUGAAUAUCCAGACCAUAGAGCAUGUGGCCGACUGUGUGCCACUGUAUUUGCCGCACAGCCUUUAUCUCAAGCCGCUGGCCAAGUUGAACAUAUCCGUGGCCUUGCCGGUAAAUAAAAUGGGCAAAUCAAUAUCGAAUCUUGAUAUAAUGGAAAAGCUGGGUCAGGCUCUCAAGCCGGAUAAAUUCCUUGUGCUUAAGGUCUCGAAGACAACCGUGGACUUUAUACGUUUCGAGGCGGAAUUGGAUGAUCGAUCACGUCUACGUUCCUGCAUAAAUCGUCUCGAUGGCAUUUCAUUGAAAAUCUCGGGUUUUCAUGAAAGUUUUCGCGUUCGUGUCUCCGAGGCCAAGGAUGAUUUUCCAACGCGUCACGAUUGGGAUUCGUUUUUUCGUGAUGCCCAUAAAAUGGAUGAAAUGAAAGCUGGCGAAAGACCCGACACGAUACAUUUGACGCAUUUACCCAUAAAAUGGUUUUGUCCACGUCACAUGGAAAACGAGGAAAAUGUCAAGCCAUCGGAGGGUAUAUUUAAGCGGAUAUUUGAGAAAUUCGGCUGUGUCCGCUGUGUCGACAUACCGAUAUGUGAUCCCUAUCGUAAGAAAAUGAAUGCCGACAUCAAUGGCAUGAAGACUUUUGGUUUCGAUCAGGAGAUUCUUUUUGAAGCUUAUGUACAAUUCGACGAAUACGUGGGAUUUGUUCGUGCCAUGGAUGAAUUUCGUGGCAUGAAAUUGGUGCGUAAAUUUAUCGACAAGACCCAGGCCAUAAAUAUCGGUGUAACCUUUGAUACAACCAAACACUUGAGUGAUGCUCAGAUACAACGUCGUGAACGGGUACGCAAACAUAUCAUUGCCAAAGCCAAGGCAGAGGAAGAAGAGGUCGAAAGGCGCAAGAAAUUGGAAUUGGAAAAAUUGGAAGAACAAAGGAAAAAAGAAGAAGAAGAUAAGCUAGCCGAACUGGAGCGACAGCGUGAACGUGAAGAAAAACGCAAAGAGAAACAUCUGAAAAAGAUCCAAGAAAAAGGUUCCAUUGAAAUAUCACAAAAGAUACGCGUCGAAGAGCGGAAACUUAUGAUAGCCCAAAGGAAAUUGGAAAGUAUACGGAUAUUGGAACAGGUCUUCAGUCGGAUUAAGCUAAAACAUUUGGCCAAAUACGGAUCCACAUCGUCCCAAAAAUAUCAAGCGGAAAUGGCCCGCGACACCGUGCGUGAACGUCUGGUUGAGAAAUACAAAAGCGCCACUGAAAAGCUACUCAGUGAUCAGCAAAAACUUGUUGAAGAUAUAAAAAAUCAAACACCUCUAAUUGGGCUAUUAAAGACCAAAAAAGAUAAAGAUGCGGCGACAAUUGCAACACCGAAAGUUGCCACCGCAGAUGCUGUACCUGCCGCCAUUGCAAAUCCAGCAGCUGCGGCUGCUGCAGCCGUAGCCGCAAAUGCUGCGGCCAAUCCCUUCAAAACUAUUGCUGCUUUGGGCGCCAAUUAUAAUACGGAGGCUGCCGCUGAAUGGAUGAAGUCUUUGUCAAUGUUUCCGUAUGGCAAUAUACCGGGUCUGUUUCCCGGCAUUGCACCAAUGUACCGGCCACCUUCAUUUCCGGUUUCAAUGAAUUAUCGUGGAUUUGCGCCGCGCAUACGAGGCCGUGGAAGAGGACGUGGUCGAGGUCGUGGCGGUUAUGAGGGUCAGUCGUCAUCGUCAUAUAGUAAAUAUCAUUACAAUCAUGAUGACAGAGAUCGGCGUUAUGAUGAUGACGAGGAGGAUGACGAUGGCAGGGGUAAUUAUCAUAAAUCAUCAUAUUCGAGAGGAAGACGCUAUUCCCGCUCUCGCAGCCGUUCCCGAGAUCGCCGUAGUCGUUCCAGAUCUCGUUCAAGAUCCAGAUCACGUUCCAGAUCUCGUUCUCGUUCCCGUUCCAGAUCUCGUGAUCGCCGCUCCCGCUCCAGGACACGUUCUCGUACCCAUUCCCGCUCACGUCAUCGUCACUACUCGAAACGGUCUCGUUCCAGAUCACGAUCCAGAUCUUAUUCUCGUUCCGAGAGCAGAUCACGUUCACGCUCUCGUGUACGUUCACGUGAAGACAAAAAUCGCAGCAAAUCAUCACGUUCCAAGUCACCAACUCAGCUGCGACCCCCGGAGAAAGUAAAUCGAAAACUUGUCUCGACUCGGCGUUCACGUUCCACCUCACAUGAAUCGAGAUCACGUUCACGUUCUCGUUCCCAUUCACGGACACAUUCAAAGCGGUCGUGGUCUCGCCGUGACGAUGGUAGUCGUGAUCGCCGCUCCUCACCGUCGGCGGCGCGAAGCAGCAAAGUUGUAAUCGAAACCGAUGAAUUGGUUAAAUCGGCAGAAAUUAUUAAAACCACCAUCGAAAAGGAUAUGCAGGAGAGGAUGCGUCAUGAGAAACGUGAAAUACGGGAAACUUUCACCAAACGCCACAAGGAUGUUUUGGCGCACAAUGCCAGUUUGGCCGUGACCAACAAUUCAUCAACAACGGGCAGCAGUAGUGCUGGCAUUGACAGUGGUCAUGCCACCUCAGAGCAUUCAGCCAAUGAAUCGUCUGUCCAUGAUAAAAAUUCAUCGCGUGACGAUGAACACGAUGAACGUGGGGAGGAUGGUGACAACGAUGAUGAUGGAAAGAUCAGGUCACGUAGGGAAAAAUACUAUUCGGAAUCGUCGAGACGUAACUCAGCCAAAGAAGAACAUUCUUCGCGACACCAUUCAAUGUCGGAACGUCGCGGCAAUUCCACAACGGAAAAUCACACAUCCAAACAUCAUUCCUCCGAACGCAGUUCAAGGCGUAGAACUCCUGAGCAUGGCACUAAACGUCGAUCGUCGGAGCGUAGUUCAACAAGACAUAAAUCACCAGUGGAAGCCGAAGAAUCCAGCUCCCACAAAAGUCGUCGUAAGAUAUCAGAGCGUAGUUCAAGAUUACCCUCAUUAGAUCGUAGCCCCAGUUGUUAAGUCUUCAAACAAUGUUUUUCGGUCCGUUUUGAGGUAUAAUUAUGAAAUUAUAUCUUUUCGUUUAGUUCAUUAAUUUCCUGCUUCAAUUUAAGGUUAAUUUUUUUUACAAAAAAAAAAAUCUUUGAUUUUGUUUUCAACAUUAGUUUUAUAAAUAAAUGUAAAAGAAAAUAAAGUUGAACAACAA